GCUGCUGCCCGCCGCCCAUGGAGCUGUGCCCGGGGCCCGCGCCGCCCUCAGGGUGGGCGCUGCCGCUGCUCCUCGCUCUGGGCGCCGCCGGGCUCAGCCACGGCACCCCGCACCUGCCGUACUCCCGGCCCGGCUCCCGCAGCAAGAACUGGUGCGCCUACAUCGUGAACAAGAACGUGAGCUGCUCGGUGCUGGACGGGACGGAGAGCUACGUCCAGGCCCAGUACAAGUGCGCCUGGAACCAGUUCCCCUGCGAGCCCACCCUGGUAUACCGAACGAGUUUCAGACCUCGRUACACUGUUGCCUAUAAGACAGUGACAGAGCUGGAAUGGAGGUGUUGUCCUGGCUACAGAGGGGAGGACUGCAGGGAAGGACCAGCAGAAAAGCCAAACACCGCUCGUCGUCCCGCAACACCAGCAAGAGCUGCUGUGAAGAAAGCCACAGAUGCAGAACCAACAGAAGCGCCAGAGCCUCCACCRUAUGAGAAGAGAAUGCAGUUUCUUGAGGACGAAUUGUUUAGACUUACACGGUCUGUGAUUGAGCUUCAGUCCUCCGUGGCAGGUGUGAAUGAAAACCURAAGCUGACUGUGCAAGAGGAUGCCAGCAAGAUGUUGGUCACUUGGCUGAACAACCUUUAUGACCGCCCAGAGCCUGACAGCGCAGUUGGUGGCGAAACAGACACCAUUCAGCUGCCAGGACUGGUCAGCAAUAAAGAUCAAAAAGACCCUUUUAUUGAUUUUGAAAUGGAAGAUAUAAAAUCUGAGCUAGCUGAGGUCAAAGAAGCCUUGAAGAUGAGGAAUGAUGAGCUGGAGGAACUGAAUGGAAAAGUAAAAGGCUAUGAAGGACAACUAAAACAACUGCAGGAGGCAGCCCGAGGACCUACAAUAACAAUGCCACGUGACAAUAUCUAUCAGGACUAUAUAGACUCAAAAUUUGAGUCCCUCAGGCAAGAAAUAAUGGAAGGAUUUGAAAGGAGACUGGCAGAUCUGAAGAGCUCCUGUGACUACAAACUAGAGGAUAUUCAGCAGCAGUAUGAUGACAAUGAAAAUAACUGUGUGGGGCUAAUUGAUGUGAUAAGAGGAAAAGAGAAUGACUUGAGGAAAGAAAUAAAUAYUCUCCGGACUCAGAUAUCAUCAAACAGCUCCAGUUGUUGCAAGGAGGGUGAGGGAAAUUACUUUGGCCAACAGAUGAAAGAUUUAGAUAAGAAGAUUGACAGAAUUGUGGAAGCACAGAGGAUGCUGAAUGUCAGAAUAGAUAAUGAAAUCAUUCGAUUGUCAACUCCAGAUCUGGAAGAUGUGUUUGAUGAGAGGCUGGAGGAGCUGGAYGCGAGGAUCAACAUUACUGAGCGAAAUGCUGAAGAACAUUGUUUUUAUGUCGAGGAAAGUCUCCGUAGUACCAUCGCUGCUGAGGUGGAUGAGCUGAGAGAUCUGUUCGACCACAAGCUGCGGUCCCUGGAGGUUAGGCUGGGCGGCACUAUUUUGGAGAUUGCCAACACCACGGACCCGGAUGGAAUGUUUAUUAACCCUGGGCCUGUCCUGCCCAGCGAUGCAGGGUUUGCAAACGAGCAGUUCACAGCAGAGGUGAAUUUCCUGAAGGACAAACUGCAGUCACUUGAACAGCUCUGUGGGCAGAAAUGUCAGCCUGCGCCGCAAGGUACAGAGGGCCUUCAGAAACAGCUAGAAAAUUGUAAUGACAAAUACAAUCACUUGCUUUUGAAAACAGAGAAUAAUUCUGCUCUCCUGCAGUCUCUGAAUAGCUCUCUUAAUGAGAAACUCGGUCUAAUUAAGGGUAACCAAYGUGACCUCCAGAAAAUGCAGAGAGACGUACGUGUAUUCCGAUACAAUCUAAAUGCCAUUGAUAAAGAYAUGAAAAACCUUCAAGACGGCCUGAGUAGCUGCAGGGAGCAGCUUCUGGGUGUCAAUUCUACGUGUAGAAAAACACAACGAGGUGUCUUCCGAAAAAUUGAUCAAAUGCAGAGGACAUUUGCAAAUCAAACCGCUCAUUCCAAUGAGAAUUGCUGUGGCGAAGUGAAAGAGAGACUAGAACAAUUGAAUGACCAUGUCCUGAAUGAUCUUAGCAAGUGCAAAGAAAAGACCCAAGGUGUCCAGGAGGGUUUUUCAGAUGUUGAGAGCAGAGUGUCACAUGUUGAAAAAGUUUGUGGCAAGCUGGACUCUGUUUCAGACAGCUUGCAGAAUAUAAAAGAAGGUCUGAACAAGCACGUGAGCAGCUUAUGGAACUGCAUCCGUGAAAUGAAUGGAACUAUAGCUUCUCAUUCCACUGAUAUUUCUGGCCUCAAAAACUCUGUCCAACAGUUUCAUAGUCAGGUUUCCAAAAUCACCACAGACAUUGAAGGCAUGCUGAAAUCUCAGCCUGACACAAGGCGACCAGAAGCACCACAGCAGCCGUUGCCACCGAGACCACCGGUGCAGCCGCAGCCCGGCAUAUCCCUGCUGCCAUCGCGGCCCAGGACACAUCCCCCGCGACUCAGGAUCCCCCUGCUGCCACCACAGCUGCGACCUCCUCUGCGCCCAGCCCUGCCAGGCUCAGCAGCUGUGCCCCUUCUGCCCGGAUCAACCGGGAUCAUCGUGGAGACCGGGGAGGCAGGRCCUCCCGGCACGGUUUUGAUGUCGGGACGAGGGCGCCUUAGGAGCGCCAAUGGUCAGGCUGGCCAGAGCACCAUGCCCAUUGCUGAGGGCUAUGCUGGAGCACCAGGGUAUCCAAAGCCAUCUCCUUCUACCACAGAAUCCCAAGGACCUGCCGCUGCUGCCACGCCCUCUCUGGUGUCAUUUUCGGCUGGGCUCACACAGAAGCCAUUCUCCAGCGAUGUCGGCGUGGUUCACUUCAACAAAGUGCUCGUCAAUGAUGGGGACUAUUACAACCCCAGCACAGGCAUUUUCACAUCCCCCUACGAAGGGCGCUACCUGAUCACGGCCGUGCUGGCCCCGGAGAGGGAUGAGUACGUGGAAGCCGUGCUGUCCGUGUCCAACGCCAGCGUGGCUCAGCUGCACACCGCUGGCUACAGAAGGGAACUGCUGGAGUAUCACAAACCCUAUUCAGGCAAACAGACCUGUGGUGGGCCUGGGACGUUCCACCUUGUUCUUCACCUCAAAGCAGGAGAUGAAGUAAACGUCGUCGUAACGGGAGGCAAGCUGGCCUACACAGACUCUGACGAAAUGUACUCCACGUUUAGUGGAGUUCUCCUUUAUCCGUCCAUUUCUCACGUUUAGGUUUACCUUGAACAGGGGAGAAGGGUAAGAUAUUCAGAAGAAAUUAAGUGUAAUAAAAUUCAAAGCUUUAAUAUAUUCAGUUUAUAUAUUUGAUUUCAGUGAUGGGUUUAUAGUCUAUACRGAAGCCUUUUCCUUGUCCCUUGUUCCCAGAGGUAGCUACAAAGGACGUGUUUCUGUAGCUAAAUGAGCUCCUUCCCAAGCCCUCGUUCACCUGUACAAGCAGAACAACUGUUUAGACAACAAGUAUGUUCUCAACAGAUAAUUCUCCACUGAGCUCUUGCUAUUCCCUAUUAAAAUUGUCCUUGCAGUCUUUUCCCUAGUUUUUCAAAUUGUCCCUAGUGUAUCAAAGUUUACAUCUUYGCUCAAGUUUACAGUUGUGGUCAGCUAUUUUCAUGUUUUCAGUAAAG